GGGUCGGUCCGGAGGUACUAGAUCGCCGGUACUGAAAUGGCGGCCACCUCAUGAUACAAGCAACAAUACGCUUGAUCCCCCUGAUCGCCAAGGUCCUAUUCUAGGAUCUCUCCGUAAGCUUGACCUCCAAUCAAUCCGGCAGCUAUUGACCGAGGCUCACCCCCAUUGGCCUCCAUGGUGGCCUCGCCCCGUUUCAAUCCUCUAUGUGCGUAUACCGUGGUGGGUGGGCUAGACUGAGAAAAGCGAUGAGGAACCCUACCGAGUAGAAUACGUAGAACUGGGCGAGCACAGGGGUUUGCAGAGAAGACUUCAUUCGUUGUGGUUCCGACGAAAUCCCCUGGCCGCUGCCUCCCUGUUCUGGAGCCAGGAUGUCGUCCAUAAAGACGCGCCGCCUCGCCUUCUCGGCGUGCGAGGGUUAAACAGAGACGCACUCCCAAGCUUCUUCCUUCCUCUUCGCCCUUUUCUUCGUUCUAUUCCUCCCGCCCUAUACUCUCAUUAAACUUACUAAUUCCCGCGGUUGUAUUUUCAAUUCUGGCUAGCUUUGCCUUGUCACUGUUAUUUCGGAUUCCGAUUAAGUGUAGACCCAGUAUAUCGUCGAGUAGAAGGAUCCCUCCCCCCAAAUCUCUCCCUCCAUUCUCCGGCUCUCUUUCCCCGUAACCGGCCCAGAGGCAUAGCAGAUCCCUUCUACCAUCGAUAUCUCCACCCGUUUCCGACCCCUCGAGAUAGUCCCGUAAUGGGGGAAGACGCAGGUGCCAUAACGGCACCGGCCGCCAGUCAUGGUGAGCCGACCGCCCAUCAAGUAUCCACCGACCACCAAGCAGUCAAGACGGUCGCCAUCCAAGAGGAUAUAUAUCCGAUCUCCCCGCGGCGCGACACGACACCCAAUCCGUUUAGUCGGAGGAACACUAGUAUGGACCUCGACGACUAUUUUACCGGUCCCCGCGAUGUGACCAAGCACUCGAAAUGGCCCCUUUUCAUGCAAAUGCAUGGGAGCAUCCUUCCCAAGAUGAUCGUACCACUGAUCGUGGUCGCUUGUUGGGCCACUCUCAUCACUUCCAUCUCGAUGAAAGUCGAGAACGUAAACCUGGGAAUUCGAUCUAUCCUAUUGACGAUCACCGGUUUCGUCGUCGGCCUGGGUCUUUCUUUCCGCAGUUCGACGGCAUACGAACGAUAUGCCGAAGGUAGGAAGUAUUGGAGUCAGUUGAUCUACACCUGCCAGGCGCUCGGCCGGGUCUUCUGGUUACACUCGGUCGAACGCGAAGGUCGGGUCAAGCAGGAUCUCCUGGCAAAACUGACGGCCAUGAACUUGCUCGUUGCGUUUGCCGUAUCUUUGAAGCACAGGUUGCGUUUUGAGCCUUACACCUCCUACGAUGACCUUGGAGAGUUAGUCGAGCACCUAGACACGUUCGCCAGAUCCGCUACCGAGGAACACGAAUUCAAGCCGAAGUCGGGAAUGUUCAAGGCGGUCGGAGAGAACCUGGGCGUGUCGUUCGCGGCAUCGAACCCGCGAAAGGCAAUGAAGCGAGCUACGAGCCCUCUCGGCAACCUGCCCCUGGAGAUUCUCUGCUAUCUGACCUCCUACGUCGACGAAAUUUCCACGAGCGGGCAAUUGCCCGUCGGAAUGCAGCAGACAGCGGCCUACAACUCCCUUCAAGCACUUAACGAUGUCAUGGUGAGCACCGAGCGCAUCCUCAAUACGCCACUGCCCAUCGCCUACGCCAUCGCCAUUUCGCAGAUUACUUGGCUAUACGUGUUCCUGCUCCCGUUCCAGCUACUGCUGGAACUGGGGUGGAUCACGAUUCCCGCCACCGUUGCCGCGUCGUAUAUCAUCCUCGGCAUCUUCUUUAUCGGACACGAGAUCGAGAACCCGUUCGGAAACGAUGUCAACGACCUGCCUCUGGACCUGUUCUGCCAACAGAUCGUACAGGAUCUGGAGACAAUCGCAUCCCGUCCGAAACCGCGAAUCUCCGAGUGGGUGGAAAACCCGAAAAACAAGGUACUCUAUCCUCACAGCCAAACGGCCUAUACCGUAUGGGCGGAGCGACCGGAGGCUGCCAUCCGCCAUGCGCUCCGAAAUCGACCACACGACGGGUAUGACAAGAUGGGCAAAGACGAAAUCGGUAAAGGGGACCGGAAUGUGUGAGGAGACGGUGACGCCCCUGGGAGCUCCCAACUGGGACUAUGUGCGGUCAUCGGGCCGGUCGGGUCGGGUCUGUCGGAUCGGGGCGAAGGAAAAAAAGAUAAUAGAGCACCCGGGUUUGGUUUUUCUGAUAGGUUCCUUGUUGGGGUUGGAAAAAGUAUAGGUGCCUCAGGCGUAUACUAUUGAAAACGACUCAGUGUCUGAUAGCGUUACUUAUUGUGCGGACCAUUGCGUUUGCCAGCUGCAAGCUGACGGGGACAAGUGAACAGGUUGAACUCGUCCAUAUGUAAUAUAAGAUAUAUACAUCACGUUACUACCCGUACAUCCUCGGUAACGUGUCACAUACAAACAUGCCAGGGCCCCCCUUCGGGG